GCGCAGCAGGUUCAAAUACAGACGGCGGGUGAACAUGGCGUCUCCGGUAGGCUUUAGUUGUUGAUCUACCUGCGUUUUUUUGUCGAAGAUGUGGCGGGUAAACAAACUGAACCUUAGCCUGUCGCCUUCGCCCCAGCCGGGUAAACCAACUAUGAGGGCUCCUCUUCGAGAACUUAACCUGCAACCAGGUGCCAUCACCAGCCCGGGAAAAAGGACCCCCAUAUGUAGCUCGCUGUCCCCAUCACUGUGCAAGUUGGGACUGCAGGAGGAUAUUAACAACUCAUCUCCACUGGCUUCUGUUAGCACGAAGAGUAGAGACUCAUUUUCAGAACAAUUCAGCAAUCCUUCAACGUGUCUAGAAGUCUGUCAACAUGAGUCAGCGAAGCAGCACCUAGAUCUCAUUCCCUUAACCAUCUCUACUCCAAACCCAUCUGAGGAAGCAGUAGACCUACAGCAGGACAAUUUGAUUAAAACCACGGUCCUUGUGCCACCUACGGUGGAGCAGCAGCAAGAGGUUACAUUUGGGGCCCAUUUAGAUACUAUGGCAGAGACAAGUAGCAUUUCUUUAGAUCAGUCUUUGAAGCCUAAAGAUCUGUUGAAAAAGGGGGUGACAUCCUACAUGGAAGAUAGCUUUUCAGAAUUUGUGCCUGAUAUGCUUAAGGAAGCUACAUUCCAGGAUCCUCCAUUCCAUCUCUUAGACCAUCCUCCAGAUCUCUGUUCUGAGCAACAGCUACACUGUGCUGAGGACCUAGUGGACAGUAAAGCUGGAGAGGAACCUGAGGACUUAGUCCUUUUUGAAAGCAAUGCUUUCUUGCCCUCCUCCAUGCGCUUGCUUUCCCCUUCACCUGCCUUAGCAACAGAUUUCCCUGUCAGUCAGGUGGACCCAGGGGCGGAAACUGUAGAGCACAGGGCUGUGGAGGAAAGAGAAGUGACCUUUCCCACACUCCCCGAGGAAGCUAAACUGGGAGAUUCAGUGCUUGUCUCAAAUGUAGAAGGAGAUACUCUGACUGCAAACCCAGGAGUAAUGGAAACCCAGGCAAUUCCAGGCCCAGUAAUGGAAGAUGCUGGUAGGAGUCUUGUCUCUGAUACAGUUGCAUGGAUGUCCCCACUGUCCUGGCUGGAAAAAGGUGUAAAUACCUCAGUCAUGCUGGAAAAUCUCCGGCAGAGCUUAUCCCUCCCUGCUGUGCUUCGGGAUGCUGCGACUGGCACUACCCCUUUGUCUACAUGCUCAGUGGGGACUUGGUUUACUCCCCCAACACAACAAAAAAAAAGUUCAGACACAUCCCAGAAAGGUCUGGUGGACACCAAAGGCAGUACUUCUGAGACAGAGCACCUCUGUUGGAGCUGUCCUCCAGACCUGACGGCCUUAUCUCGGCGUGACCUAGAAGAUAACCUGCUGAACUCUCUUGUCAUCCUGGAGGUUCUCUCCCACCAGCUGCGGGACUGGAAGAACCAGCUGACUGACCAUCACCUAGAAGUUCAGGACAGUAGCACACAAACUGAUUCUUCUCCUAAUGGGCAAUCCUGGGUACGGGUAUCGAAGGAGCUGCUAUCCCUGCUUCACCUGUCUCUGCUGCAGUUAGAGGAGGAUAAAACUACCAUGAAUCAGGAGUCCGGGUGUGCAGAAACCUUGGUCUCCUGUUUUGAUGUGUUGAAGAAAUUGAGAGCAAAACUCCAGAGCCUCAAAACUGAAAGGGAAGAGGCAAAGCAGAGAGAAGAGGUGACUCUCAGAAGCAAGGCUGUGGCAAAGACAAUGCUAGAGACUUUCUGUGCUCAGACCAGCCAGCGUAUCAACCAGCUGGAACAGGAUCUGGUAUCCAGCCUUCUGAAGGAAACCCAGAACCAACUGGCAGGACUUCAUACUGAGCAAGAAGAGCUGGCUCAGCAGAUAGCAAGUUUUACUUCAGUUGUGCAACAGGACUGGAUAUCCAUGCGACUGGAUUAUGUAACCUGGACAGCUUUGCUAAAUCGGUCCCGAGAACUCUCAGAAAAGCUCAUAGCCAAGAGCCGACAGACUCUGCAGGAAUGUGAUGCUGCAACUGAGGAAAAGCAGAAGGUUUCCAUGGAGCUAGAACAAGUCUCUACCCAUUUAGAGGACUGCAAAAGCCAAAUAGAACAAUUAAAGUUGGAAAACAGUCGCUUAGCAACAGAUCUCCAAGCUCAGCUGCAGGUUCUGUCCAGCACAGAGAAUCAGCUAAAAGAGCUACAGAGUCAGCAUGCACACUGUACCCAGGACCUGGCUGACAAGGAUGCAUUGCUCUGCCAGCUUACCCAGAGCAACGAGGAGCAGGCUGCUGAGUGGCAAAAGAAAGAGAUGGCAUUAGAGCAUGUACAGACAGAGCUGCAGCAGCAACAGGCUGUCCUGGCCAAAGAAGUGCAUGACCUGAAGGAGACCCUGGAGUUUGCAGACCAAGAAAAUCAGGUUACUCACCUGGAGCUGGGUCAGGUUGAAUGCCAAUUGAAAAGCACUCUGGAAUUGCUGUUGGAACGCAACAUGCAGUGUGAGGACCUGAAGGACACUGUAGAGAACCUCAAGGCUAAACUGGCUAGCACCAUAGCAGAGAACCAGGAGAGAGACCUGGAGAAGACACGCCAAUAUUCCCAAGGGCUAGGGGUACUGACUAAGCAACUACAGAACCUGACCCUCUUCCUACAGACAAAACUACAGGACCAGGCUGAACCAGAGAACCUUCUGAGAAGCACAGCCUGUUCUCCUGCCCCCAAACACUCUCUAACUACCACUGAUAGUGGCCUCUUAGGAAGCAUGUUAACAACAGCAGAGCCUGAACCAGCUCCUGUGUCUUUGGUUGGAAGUGACAAGAGUGCUUUCACCCGAGUAGCAUCAGUGGUUUCCCUUCAGCCUACAGAGACCCCAGGCAUAGACAAGAGCCUGGCAGAAAUGAGUGCUAGGACUCAGGAACUUCAGAGCCUGUGUUCCCUGCUGCAGGAGUCUAAAGAAGAAGCCAUCAGGACUCUGAAGCAAAAGAUUUGUGAUUUGCAGGCUAAGCUACAGGCUGAGAAAGAACAGCAUCAGGAAGCCCAGAAGACAAAGGAAACAGACAUAGAGAAGCUGAACCAGGCCUUGUGCUUGCGCUACAAGAAUGAAAAGGAGCUCCAGGAAGUGAUCCAGCAGCAGAACGAGAAGAUCCUAGAGCAGAUAGACAAGGAUGGCGAGCUCAUAAGUCUUAGAGAGGAGGUGACACAGCUUACCCGCUCACUUCGACGUGCUGAGACAGAAACUAAGGUGUUCCAAGAGACACUGGCAAGUCAAGUGGACCCCAACUGUCAGCCUAUGGCUACUGGCUGGAUCCAGGAAAAAGUGUGGCUCUAUCAGGAGGUGGACAAGCUGAGGGCAAUGCUUCUAGAGAUGAAAAAUGAGAAGGAAGCACUCAUGACCAAGUUCCAGAGCCACAGAAACAUCCUAGAGGAGAAUCUUCGGCGCUCUGACAAAGAGUUAAAGAAACUAGAUGACAUUGUUCAACAUAUUUAUGAGACUCUGCUGUCCAUUCCAGAGAUUGUGAAGGGUUGCAAGAAGCUACAGGAAUUGCUUGAGUUUCUGAGCUAAGACUAAAAGCUGUAUAUUGUUUCACCUUUUUUUUUUUUUUACAUCUGUAGUAUUCCCUUAAUCCAAUACCAGGACCAACUGGCAUAGAGCUAGCUCUACUUAAUACUAUUUAAAUAAAAUAUAUUUUGCUAUA